AGCCCCCUCACUCGCCUCUCAGCCCCCUCACUCGCCUCACAGCCCCCUCACUCGCCUCCAAGUCCCCACACUCGCCGCUCAGCCCCCUCACUCGCCUCUCAGCCCCCUCACUCGCCUCACAGCACCCUCACUCCCCUCCAAGUCCCCUCACUCGCCUCUCAGCCCCCUCACUCGCCUCACAGGCCCCUCACUCGCCUCGAAGUCCCCUCACUCGCCUCUCAGCCCCCUCACUCCCCUCCAAGUCCCCUCACUCGCCUCUCAGACCCCUCAUUCGCCUAUCAGCCCCCUCACUCGCCUCACAGCACCCUCACUCGCCUCUCAGCCCCCUCACUCCCCUCCAAGUCCCCUCACUCGCCUCUCAGCCCCCUCACUCCCCUCCAAUCCCCUCACUCGCCUCUCAGCCCCCCUCACUCGCCUCUCAGGCCCCUCACUCGACUCUCAGCCCCCUCACUCGCCUCUCAGCACCCUCACUCGCCUCUCAGCCCCUUCACUCGCCUCAGCCCCCUCCCUCCCCUCCCAGUCCCCUCACUCGCCUCUCAGCACCCUCACUCGCCUCCCAGCCCCCUCACUCCCCUCCAACACCCUCACUCGCCUCUCAGCCCCCUCACUCGCCUCACAGCACCCUCACUCGCCUCACAGCACCCUCACUCGCCUCUCAGCACCCUCACUCGCCUCACAGCCCCCUCACUCGCCUCACACACCCUCACUCGCCUCUCAGCACCCUCACUCGCCUCACAGCACCCUCACUCGCCUCUCAGCACCCUCACUCGCCUCCCAGCACCCUCACUCGCCUCCCAGCACCCUCACUCGCCUCCCAGCACCCUCACUCGCCUCCCAGCACCCUCACUCGCCUCCCAGCACCCUCACUCGCCUCCCAGCACCCUCACUCGCCUCUCAGCCCCCUCACUCGCCUCCCAGCACCCUCACUCGCCUCCCAGCACCCUCACUCGCCUCCCAGCACCCUCACUCGCCUCCCAGCACCCUCACUCGCCUCCCAGCACCCUCACUCGCCUCCCAGCACCCUCACUCGCCUCUCACCCCCUCACUCGCCUCUCAGCCCCCUCACUCGCCUCCAAGUCCCCUCACUCGCCUCUCAGCCCCCUCACUCGCCUCUCAGCCCCCUCACUCGCCUCCAAGUCCCCUCACUCGCCUCUCAGCCCCUUCACUCGCCUCUCAGCCCAUUCACUCGACUCUCAGCACCCUCACUCGCCUCUCACCCCCUCACUCGCCUCUCAGCCCCCUCACUCGUCUCGCAACCCCCUCACUCGCCUCUCCCGUGACCCAGAUUUCGUGUUACUCACCAAUGAGGGAGUGAGUCAUUCGGUGCUGAAGGCGGCAGUGAGUGAACCAUUCUUUGUCUUUGUUGACUCAUGA